AUGGCCAGCCUCUGCGACCUACCCUCGCUCAGAGCCACUAUCAGACUAGGUCUUAUUGUCUGCCGCUGUGUACUGGAAAACAAUCGCACCAUCGAGAUCCUCUACUGGUAUGAGAACGAGGAGCAUGAAACCCCAGACGGCCAGCCCAUCUGUUACAACAGCCUGACCUGGUCGCAAGCCGAGAAUGGCGACCCACUACUUUGCGUGGCUGGCGAUGCAACCCAUCAGAUCAAGGUCUUCAACAUUGCGAAGAAAGAACUUGUGGCGCCACUGGCCGCCAUUUGCUUUGGCCAGGGUCACAAAGACCAAGUCUUGACCAUAGCGUACCAUCCAAAGGGCCGCUUCAUCUUGUCUGCUGGGGUAGACACCAAGAUCAAUAUGUGGCAAGUACCCAAUGAUCUGAGUGAGCACGUGGGCACGGACAAGCCCGCAUUGAUCCACUAUCCUCAUUUCACUACUACAGAAGUACAUACCGACUUUGUGGAUUGUAUACAAUGGUAUAACGACCUAAUCUUCAGUCAUGCGUGUCGCGAAGACAAGAUCAUCAUGUGGAAGAUCGAUGGGUUCAGCUCGGACAGUGAACAAAUUCCGCACGCCCCUAUACCUACCUCAAUAGCGAUAAGCAGCAAAACUCCUGUCACGAUCCCUGCCAACUCCACCUCGAACACGCGGUCUGCUUGGGGAGGUCGCUUCCAAAGACUGCUUCAGUUCGAACUACCCUACACGAACAACUUCUACAUGCGAUUCUCCAUCUUCCAUGAGCUCGGGCACCACCCCAUCCUUGUUGCCGGCAACGAAAAGAGUAAGGCUUUCUUCUGGGACCUGCAGCGACUUGAGGGAGCUGGCACUGGCGAUGAUUGGAUUCAAUCUAGCAAGGCGAUACCACUGGGCCUUCCACGACACGUACGUGAGGAGAGCACCUUCUCCAAUGCAUCGUCUGUUACAAGCACUGGGUCGGGCACGACAAGGCGCAAGAGGAAGACGAAGAAGAAGUACCAGGAGCCGAAACGUAACCGGGGUAUCGGCGAUCCGUUCACGUCCAUCAAGGCAGACAAGAUCAUCGAAGUACCAAAGUACAAUUUUCCGUUUCGUCACUUUGGAUGGAGUAGGUGUGGCCAGUGGGUUGUGGGAGUGGGAGACAGUGGUCUCAUCAAUGUCUUCUAUCGCGAACCGCCUUCUAUCAUAACGGACUACGGGGUGGCUUUGCCCAUUCGGCAGGACAUCAAAACGCAAGAUGACGACCAAAAAUUUAUCACGCAGUCGGCAUAGGAUUGGCGGCAGACGAAUGGAAAGUCAUUUGGAAGAAAAAAGGUAGUUCUGAAAAGUUGGUUUCAAAACGCCGAGUAAAUUGCUAGUACGCGCUCGACC